AUGGUUCAGACUGAACUAGGUCCUCCACCUGCAUCGAAGUACAAGGACGAGCCUGUCGACGAUCCUCUUCGUCAUUCGACAUCUGCACAUCAUAUCUCCCAAAGUUCUCACCUACAACACCCUCGUUCUGUGACUCUUGCCCAACCGCAAAAACAGCCGCCUAGUUCACCUCACCAACCACCCUCGUCUUUGCCUGGUGGUUCAUACGCACCCCAGCCAUUGGGAAACGGCAUUCUGCAUCAUCACGCAGCUCCCUACGGUCAAUCCGCCCAAGAACAAUCUUACUACUCUUCUCAUCCCCCAUACAGUACUGCAUCUGCGCCCGGACAGUAUUCAUCCAGCGGCCCUUCAGACGCCAUGGCGACCACUGCUCAAAUGCAAAGGCCCUAUCCUCCCAUCUAUCACACUCCUCAAUCCAGCUCUCCAGCAUCUGUCGCUUCUCAGACACACGAUCAGCACAGCAGAAGUCUCUAUACACAGUCGCCUCAGAUCGCCUCACAGAUGUACGGCUACCAACCGUAUCCCUCGAUCAACCCCGUACAACCUCCGCCAUACUCGGGUCAUACGUCUCCCCAACAACACCCACUCACCUCGCAAUCCAUGAUUUUGCCUCAUCAGACAAGCACUGCCCAGUUAUCUCACCAGCCUCCGACGCCAUCCGUCACUAUGGCCAGUAGCCCUAUUGCAGUCACAGCAUCACAGCCACUGCCGCCUCAGAGAGCGGUGCUGAGUCCACCCCAUCCUGGCCCAAGCGGUGGCCCUCUUUCCGCAAAUAGUAUUCAUCACACGACUCCAAGCGUCGGUGCAAGCUCAAGUGCAGCUCCUGGCCCUAUCCCGGCGACUACCCCCUUGGUUGUGCGGCAGGAUAGCAACGGUGUGCAGUGGAUUGCAUUCGAGUAUUCUCGAGACCGAGUGAAGAUGGAAUACACCAUCCGAUGUGAUGUCGAAUCGGUAAAUGUGGAUAAUCUCAGUCAAGAGUUCAAGACGGAGAAUUGUGUUUAUCCUCGAGCGUGUUGCAGCAAGGACCAGUACAAAGGCAACCGUCUCGUUUAUGAGACAGAGUGUAACGCCGUUGGCUGGGCUUUGGCAGAGCUCAAUCCCGCAUUGCGAGGCAAACGCGGUCUAAUUCAACGAGCAGUCGAUAGCUGGAGAAAUAGCAACCAGGAUCCUCGACUCCGAAGCCGACGUGUGAGGAGGAUGGCCAAGAUGAACAGGCGACAUGGGCUACCAGCACAACCCCCGGCCCACAUGGCUGCUACGCCGCCUGUCGCUCCCGGUCUCGGACCCGGUAGUCUCGCAGCGCCCGGACCCCGCCCUUCAUUGGGGCCUCUGACCAUGGGCCCUCCACAAUUACACCAUCACCAUGCCCAGCCCGAAGGAAGCGCAAGCAAUGAGGAUGUUAGCGGUGCCGCUGAGUUUGCGAACGGUACUGAUCGCCACUCUGCCACUGAGACUCACCCUUCGUCAGGGCACACAGCACCCAACAUCAGGACUGCACAGGUCUUCCACGGUUACCCCACAUAUCCUACACCCGCCAAUGCAGCUGGUGGAUCAAGAGGCCCCUCGAUACCGCCGUUGAUCCGAGGCAGUGGGAUCGGGGCUCUCGGGAGACUAUCCGCUGUUGCGACUUCGGUCAGCAAGGCGGAGGCAGCCGAUAUGGAAGUUGACGAUGACGAACGCAAUCCAAGUCCCGGUGCGCUCUUCGGAGCUCAACCUGACGGCAAGCGACGCAAGUUCAUCCUUGUUGAUGAUACACAAAGGGACUGCCGGGUUCGCGUCAAGGUGAUGCUUGACCAGGUCGACAUGAACGAGAUUCCCGACUCUUACCGCAUGACCAAUUCAGUGUAUCCCCAAGCCUACUUUCCCGUACAGAUGAGACAACCCCGUGGCCGAGAUGCCCCCGGGAAACGAUACUUCAAGGAUGCCAAUGAGAUGGAGGACGAUGAAGAUGCACCCCCGACGGUGGGCAGGGUUCUGGUGCCAGCACCGCACAUGGACGGCGAUGGCGAGAUCGCUGUUCCUAGAUUGACCCGAGGACAGCACAGGAAAGAAGUACUGUUGAACGACCUUGGUUACCGGAUGAGCUGGAGUCAGAGUCGGGUAUUCGCAGGACGGAUGUUGUUUCUCCAACGAUCUCUUGACGCGUACCGCAACAAGAUGCGCAGCACCAUGCUCGCUGCGGGCCAAGAAGCAUCUUCCAUCCCUCGUCAUUUCGAGACUCGGCCAGGAAAGCGAAGAUUCCUAGAGCGUCGGAGAGCAGCUCUAGAUCGAAGCCGCGGACAUACCAUGUCCGCGUCCCAACGGAGCGCGGAAGAAGUUGAAGGCUAG